AUGGCAUUGGAAAAAGGGAAUCUUUCUGACCUAGGAUGGAGAGGGAAUAAGUUCACAUGGAGCAAUAAACAUGAGGAUGAUACAUUUACUAAAGAAAGGUCGGAUAGGGUGGCCAAUCCAAGCUGGGCACAAUUGUAUAGAGAUUACUGGGUGGAGGUUCUGGCAGGAAGAAGCUCAGAUCAUAGGCCAUUGCUGCUGACUUUGUGUAAGGAAGGGAGGAGCAAUUGGAGAGGCAGGAAAGUUUUUAGAUAUGAAAAUAGUUGGGCUAAGGAAGAUGAUUGUGAAAAAGUGAUUAGAAGGGUGUGGGUUAGUAGUGUAGAAAUGGGUGAGCAUACAAAAAAUUUCAAAAAUUUGCUGGAAAGUUGCAACAAGGCACUUGUGAAGUGGAAUGAUCAGAACAAAGUGGAUAGGGUGAAAAAAAUUAAAGAGAAGACUGAAUUUCUAAAAAAGCUACAAGAUGAGGAGAGUAGGCACAACUCAACAGAGAUUAAAAGGGUGCAAAGGGAUGUAGGGCUCUUGCUUGAGAAAGAUGAUGUAAAGUGGAAGCAAAGGGCAAAAAGGAAUUGGCAUGCCUCGGGUGACAGGAACACCAAGUUUUUUCACGCUUGUGCAAACCAGAGAAGAAUGAAGAAUAGCAUUAAUCAAGUGAGGGAUGAACAAGGAAGAGUGUUCAGAAGUCAUGUGGAAGUUGAUGAAGCUUUCAGAUCUUAUUUUGAAAGGUUGUUCAGUACCUCAAACCCAAGUACAGCUGCUAUGGAGGAGUGUCUGCAACAUGUAGUACCUCGGGUGACAAGUGAGAUGAAUGAAAAACUAAGAAGAACUUUUAGCAGAUUGGAGAUAGAAGAGGCUAUUAAAAGUAUGGCCCCUUUGAAGUCACCAGGCUCUGAUGUUUUUGGUGCUUGUUUCUACCAAAAUCAUUGGGCAACAAUAGGUGAUAAGGUGUGUUUGACAGUACUGGACCUGCUGAAUGGUAAAAUUCCUUUCAAUUCAAUUAACUAUACUUUUAUUGCUUUGAUUCCCAAAACAAAGGACCCUAAGUUGGUAACUGAAUAUAGGUCUAUUAGCCUUUGUAAUGUCAUCUACAAGAUGGUGUCCAAAGUGAUAGCUAACAGACUCAAAGAAGUGUUGUCAGUAACUAUUUCCACCAACCAAAGUGUUUUUAUUCCUGGUAGGAUCAUAACUGAUAAUGUAAUGGUGGCUUAUGAGGUAUUACACUCAAUAAAGGUGAGGAAGAAGGGUAAAGAAGGCAGUAUGGCUAUCGAGUUGGAUAUGUCCAAGGCAUAUGAUAAGAUGGAAUGGCCUUAUGUGGGUGCUGUUAUGAAAAGGCUUGGGUUUUGUGAUGAAUGGGCAGAUUUAAUCAUGAAGUGUAUUAGCUUAGUUUCUUUCUCAGUGUUGAUCAAUGGCAAACCAAGAGCUAUAGUAAAUCCUUCAAGGGGACUUAGACAAGGGGAUCCUCUAUCCCCCCUUAUCUAUUUAUCUUGUGUGCAGAGGGGUUUAGCUCUUUAUUCAAUAAUUCAGAUCUUAAAGGGGACACAAAAGAAAUAA